CUCGAGCUUCGUUCAGCCUUCCUAAGCUUCGUCAGAGGUGCAGCCUGCCGCCUCAACCAACCUCAACCUCGCCCGCAUCAACCCUCAAAUCCACGGCGCCUCUCCUAACGCGUUCACCUUUUGAGUCUCACCAAACUUCUUUUCGAGAGUCAAGGUGGACAUAUUAUUUGCGACAAGAUGGCAUCAGGUUACGACAGGGCUCUUUCAGUCUUCAGUCCUGAUGGACAUGUGUUCCAGGUUGAAUACGCAGGCGAAGCCGUCAAGCGAGGGACAUGUGCGGUUGGAGUGAAGGGACAGGAUGUCGUGGUCCUCGGAUGCGAGAAGAGAUCGGCUAUGAAGCUUCAAGACACGAGAAUCACUCCCUCGAAGAUCGGCCUCGUCGACACCCACGUUUGCCUCGCGUUUGCGGGCUUGAACGCCGACGCCAGGAUCUUGGUUGACAAGGCGCGGUUAGAGGCACAGUCGCAUCGAUUGACGGUUGAGGAUCCCGUUACCAUAGAAUACAUCACCAAGUAUGUCGCCGGCGUCCAGCAACGGUACACACAGAGUGGAGGUGUGAGGCCCUUCGGCAUCAGCACUCUCAUUGUUGGGUUCGACAAAGGCAGCAAGACACCCCGGCUCUACCAGACGGAGCCAUCUGGUAUCUACUCGGCAUGGAAAGCCAAUGCCAUCGGUCGGUCCAGCAAGACAGUGAGGGAGUUUUUGGAGCGAAACUACAAGGAGGACAUGGAUCGCGAGGCCACCAUCCGCCUGGCGAUCAAGUCCCUGCUGGAGGUUGUCCAGACUGGCGCCAAGAAUAUCGAGAUUGCCAUCAUGGCUCCGGGGAAGACGAUCGAGAUGCUACCGGUCGAGGACAUUGAGAACCACGUCAAGAACAUUGAGCAGGAAAAGCAAGAGGAGGCUGCGAAGAAGAAGACUGGCCGAACCACCGGUUCCGGAAGCACAUCCCUGCCAACUAGGAGCCAGGACGAGGCCGGAGACCACUAAGAGAGGGUAAUUCAGCCAUGCCCGGGUAUCGCGCUCUCGUCCCUAGGUAGACCGCCACCACCAGUGUACAGUAAUAGUAUCGGGCGAAUCCCUUUUCGGUGGG